AUGGUUCCAAGUAUUCUCCGACCUGCCGUUUAUGAGCCCACCCAAAAUGUAGCAUUCGCGUUUUGUGGGCAGAAAGUGGGCUCUAGUUCCAGCAGUUUUGGGUACUUUUCUAGUCUCGGGAGUUAUGCCCAUCUCCUACAACAUGGGGUGGCCUUUGACCAUGGGAUUCGUGUUGUUUACUGGCUUUCAGCUGUUCUUGCCCUCCAUGCACAAGUGCCAGGCUUUUGA